CUGAUGGAGAACGUCACGUACAACAGCUUCACCCUGCAGCUGGAGGGGUUAAACGUCACAAAGAAUUCAACGUACGCUGUGUUUUUCUUGCUCUUGUUCUCCUACCUGGUUAUAAUGGUUUGCAAUGUGGGCAUCGCUGUUCUGAUUUUCAUUGAUAAGAGCCUCCACCAGCCCAUGUACCUGCUGUUCUGCAACCUGCCGCUGAGCGAUGUCAUCGGUAAUUCAAUCAUGGUGCCUCGUCUGCUGAUCGACAUGCUGAAGCCUCCGUCAGAGCGCCUCAUCAGUUAUUAUGAGUGUGUGGUCCAAGCCUUCACCACACACAUGUUCGGGACCACUGCUCACACUGUGCUCAUGAUCAUGGCGUUUGACAGAUACGUGGCCAUCUGUAACCCCCUGCGCUACGCCGCCAUAAUGACCAACAGGAUGGUGAUGAAGCUGACAGUGUCUGCCUGGGGAGUGGCUUUGGUUUUGGUGGGGAUUCUGCUGGGUCUGACCGUACGGCUGAACCGAUGCAGGACUCUGAUCACAAACCCUUACUGUGACAACGCCUCUUUAUUCAAACUCUCCUGUGAGAGCGUGUUCAUCAAUAACGUCUACGGCAUCACCUUCACUGUCGUCAUGAUCACAACAUCCAUCGGCACCAUGGUUCUCACCUACACUAAGAUCACAAUCGUCUGUCUGAUGAGUAAGAACAAGUCUCUGAACAGUAAAGCUUUAAAGACCUGCAGCACUCAUCUGUGCCUGUAUCUGAUCAUGCUGAUCAGCGGGUUCAUCCUCAUCAUCCUCCAUCGCUUCCCUCAGUACACAGACUACAGAAAAAUCUGUACCAUCCUGUUCCACAUCAUCCCCUGCAGCCUCAACCCCAUCAUCUACGGUGUGCAGUCCAAAGAGAUAAAUAAGUUCUUGUCAAAGCUGUGUAAGUCUGAGAGGGUUUCACCGUCACUGAAAAGUUAG